AUGGGCCGACCACAGUACAUCGUAGAGCACAUGGAAGAGGACGAGGAGGGCUCGGCAUCGUUCCCGCACUGGGCGCUGCUCGAGUAUCGCCAGAUGCUCCUCCUCGUCGGUCCCGGCUCAACUGUGCACUUCACAGGCCUCUCUCCAGGCUCGGCCUCGUCGCUGCGCGCGGCUCUCUCUUCGUCAUCGUCUUCCAAACCGUGCGCCGAAUUCCAGGUCCACACAGAAGGAAUUCUUGACUUUGCCGCCAAGGCACAGGUUCCCAUCUCGGCCAUCUGCCUCCUCGACCCAAAGGCUCCACAGGCUCUCUCGGUCCGUGAUGCCUCGCCUCCACCAAACGGAUACUCGCACUUCCUCCUGGGGGGCAUUCUUGGUGACGACCCUCCCAGGGACAGGACAUCUGCUUUGCGGGCCCACGGCUUCCCUGGGCGGCACCUAGGCACGAUGCAGAUGACGACGGACACAGCGCUGGGCGUGACGAAGCGCGUCGUCGAGGACCACCUCGCCUUGGGCCUCGAGGGCACCGAGCAAGAGGGCCCGACAGGGGCUACGAUGCAGUGGGUCGACCAGCCCGAGCUCAAGUUUGGUGGGGGAGAAUCGGUCGAGAUGCCCUUCCGAUACAUGGUGGAUGAAGAGCGAACAAAGGCCUAUCGGGGCAAGCCAGAGCCUUUGAUGCCCGAAGGGAUGCGGCAACACAUCCGCAACGAUCUCGACCGCGCAUUUGAGUUCUGA